GCGCUGAGUGGCCCCGUCGGCUGCCCGUCCGGGGAGUAACGUGCCAAGUGCGGGGCUGGCGACGGAGGCGCUGCUGGCCGUCAGGUGCAGCGGAGGAGGAGGAGGAGGAGGAGGAGGAAGGUGACAUGGAGUGGAAUUCCCUGCUGAUGCUGCUGGAGGCCGCCGAGUACCUGGAGAGGCGGGAGAGGGAGGCCGAGCACGGCUACGCCUCAGUGCUGCCCUUCGACAGCGACCGCAGCAGGAGGAGGCCGGCCCGCAAGCCCCAGAACAGCCGGUCUUCUCAUAACGAACUAGAGAAGCAUAGGAGGGCUAAGCUUCGGCUGUAUUUGGAGGAACUGAAGCAGCUUGUCCCUCUUGGGCCAGAUAGCACCAGACACACCACACUCAGUCUGCUGAAAAGGGCCAAGACGCACAUUAAGAAAUUAGAAGAACAGGACCGAAAAGCUUUAAAUAUUAAGGAACAGUUACAGCGAGAACAUCGAUACCUCAAGCGUAGAUUGGAACAACUCUCCAUGCAAGGUCUGGAACGAAUCCGCACAGAUAGUCUGGGAUCAACAAUAUCCACUGAUUCUGAGCAAGAGGUGGACAUUGAAGGAAUUGAAUUUACCCCGGUGGAAAUGGACAGCAGCGGAAGUGCCAGCGAUGCCGAAGAUCCCUACAGUUUACAGGGCAGCUCAAGCGACACAGACCGGGCACGUUCCCAUAGACUAAGCACCAGGCUGAUGUAGCAUUUCAGUGAACCACUCAACUCAGGAUAGAAGCACUUAGACAGAAAAAAAGGGAAAAAAAUUAAAAUCCCAGGUUGCUGACUGCCGCUCCUCUGGAGGACCUCUCCCGCGACCCUCCAAAAAAGAGGUUAUUUUUCCAAGGUUCCCAGAAGAUUGAAUUGAUAAUUAAAUAAAUUAUAAAUCAUGUUUUCCCCCUGUAGUGUGAGAUUAGACACAGUUGUGGCUUAAAGUUCUUUCGGGUAGGCAUUGCACAAGCUGUUGAGGGUAGGUGGGGAAAUCCAUCAGAGCAGUGAACUUGAGCAGCUGAAUUACUGUGAUUUCUUCCCCCUUCAGCUUGUUUGAGGCGUCAAAACUUGCAUAAAGAGCAGACGGCCACACGUGGGGAUGAGCGAUUGGCCCACUCACUUUCUGUCGUCUCUUCUGGCAGUGUGGGAAGAGCCACGGCAGCAAGUGAGCCUCCCUCGGCGUCUGUCGCUUUCUCCUGCGUCGGUUGUUUGAAUCAGGGCCACAGCAGAGUAAGGAUUGCAAGCAGCGGGAAGUUGUAUGCCUUUUAGAGUAUUUAAUCAUAAAAAUCUUUGCUAGCCAAAGAUUAUUAGAAAGAAAUCCUUUCAACAUUUGAGAGAUUUUUUAAAAAGUAUUUAAUGUGUAUGUUCUUGAUAGGAGGUGGACAAGCCAAUUCUGAUCAAUGUAUUGUCGAAGGCUUUCACGUCUGGAAUCACUAGGAUGUUGUGAGCUUUCCAGGUUGUGUGGCCGUGUUCCAGUAGAAUUUUCUCCUGACGUUUUGCCUGCAUCUGGCAGCCACAGAUACAGGCAAAACAUCAGGAGAAAAUGCUACUGGAACACGGCCACACAACCUGGAAAGCCCACAACAUCCUACCAAUUCUGGUUGCGGCUGAGUGGCCGUGCAGUGAUCCCGGCUUUCUUUGUUUUCCAGCCUUAAUUCUAGAAAGCUAGUCCUCUUUAUUGACAAGAUCAAAAAGAAAUUUAAGCCACCUUCAAGCAUGGUUGAUUGCUGCAUGAGCUUUUUAAGGCACAAAACAGUUGCCGUGCAUUUUGGCAUUUGCAGCGUUUUUUUGUAUUCGUGUUUUAUUUUUCUCCUUUAUGUGCUUAGAGGAUGUUUUUAUAGCUCGCCUUCAGCUCUCAGGAAUUUUAAUUUGCGUGGAUAGCUGCCGCCUUCUGAGACUGUGCCAUGUGCCUACUGAAGACUUCCACAGAGUCAUGUAGGCCGUUGAUUCAUGUACAAGGGGGAGGCGCAUUGGCCCUUACGAACGCUGGAUGCAUCUGAUGGACAAUAGAUCUCCAUCUCCAUCUGGGGCUGCUUGUUACGUGCACAGGAAGUCUGACAAGCUAGAUCAGUGGUUGAAUCUUUUAAUGUUCAUUACUCGAACAAUAACCCACCUGGUCCCUUCUUAUUUAAGGGGAAAUUGGCAGCCUGCGUGGUGAACAAUAUGCAGCAUGUCGGGUUUUUUGUGGGAGAGUUCAGAGUUCCUGACAUCCCAGAGGUAGAUAAUUACCCCUUUGUUUAGAAGGAAGGGGCAGCGGCAAAAAUACCCUGUCUUACUGGCCUUUAUGUUUUCCUGUAUAUAGUUGCCAGUUGGCUGAAUGGAAGGCAUGGCUUUAAAUUACCAUAUUUGUUUUAGAACAGAAGCCUCAAGAGUACCUUAAACGUUGUGGUCUUUAAGGUGCUGCUGGCCUCAAAUUUUAUUCUCUUGCAGACUAACACAGCUACCCACCUGAAAACAAUAUUCCUUUCAAGCGUUAUUGUUAUACCAUAGGGACAAUAUCAGUUCCUUACCAAAUGCUGUACAAUUGCUGAUCUAUUUAGAAUUCAUCAGGAUGUUUAAAAUGUAUUUACCCCAACUGUAGCAAUAUUGCAGAAGUAUAUUUUAAUACCAUUUAAGCUUAGUGAAGCUAGUAGAGCUUUGCUUGCUGGUUUUUAAAAAAUGGACCAAUCUUUGCAUUACUACUUUAAAUAAAGGUCUUUUUUUUAAAGGAAAAAAAGAUUUAAAAAGCUAUACAAGCUUCAGACAAGUAGGCUUUUUCCUGUAAAUAUAUCCUGUAAAAGAUUUUGUAUUAUAUUUUUCUUAACUAUUCUUAUUGUAUAGUGAAAGGAAAUGGUAUAAACCCAGACCAGCAUCUCAGGGACUCUUUGCAGCAGUCCUUCUGUGCCUUGGUCACCGUUUGUGUAUGCGUGUUUCUCUUCUUUGAAAAAUCAACAACUACAGAAACCACAGCAGAGUUUGCUGAGUUGUAUUCCUUUGUCUUCAGUGAAGCAGCGAAGAGGUAUGUAUAUCAUCUCCACUUCCCACAACGAUGGCAUCUGCGGCUGAGAAUCCCAGGCGGCAGGGUGGUGGGGUUUUUUAACCACAAACAACAGUCAGUUCUACUUAUGCGCCGUGAUGAUGAAGCAAAUGUUGCUGCCCUUUCAAUAUUAAAGUAUACAUGUUUUCCCUUUGGUGCUUACAGUACAGAAAAUAUAUGUAGACUGUACUUCUAGCAACUUUACAUUUUGUUUGCUUCCCUCGACAGCCUGGAACUUGCCAAUAAGGAAAACAUCUGUUCAAAUAACUUAUUUUGUAACAACUCCUGCUUCAGUCCUGGGGAGGUUAUGAAUUCUGGCAGCUGAAUUUGAACUCUUUUUGUGGGAUACUGUUUUGGUAUGUGUUAUGCACACUGCCUAUUACCAAAAUCCUCAGCGGAGAAGAGAUAUAGCAAUAUUUAACAUCAUGUGUAGCUGAUAAGCAGCAUGAAUUACUAUCUUAUUUGGUGCAUAAGUAAAUUUCCAAAUCAUGAAAUUUCGAGAUGUUUACUUUAAUACACAACUGUCAAUGGGAGGAAAUAGCUGGUUGUGUUGUUGUGUGUCUUCUGCUAGCAGGUGGAAUCAUUCAUGGCUUGUGAAAUGUUUCCAUUAGGAAAAGCAGCUCUGGCACAGAGCCUUUCAAGCUAAAAAAACACCUUGAAAAAAGGAAAAGAAAUCUCAGAAUGACAGUUGUUGUAUUUUAUGCCACUCUGACGUUCUCUCUUAACAAUGAAUGUGCACAAUUUAAUGAACUCUUCCAGAUUGGGAAUCAGUGGCUUUGUAGAUCUUAUAUUUUCAAUAAAGAUUAUUCCAAUAUUCUGAGAGCAAGUUAAAA